GAAGUAUUUUUUAUUCUAUUCCUUCACUCGAACUUAGUGAAUGGGCCCCUUGGUGUGUGCAGCAAUGCACUUUAUGUAGUUGGACACUGGGACCUAUUCUCCGUUGAGUAUAUAGAGGUAUACCAGCCCAGGGUCUGAGGUUAGUGAUUAUAAUAACUGGGGGUACCUGAUAAAUUUGCACUCCCAUUGAUUCAGCCUUUCCUUGUCCUGAUUUUGUUUGUUCUAUAUGCCCAGCUCCCUAUUGCUCUUUUUAGCUUGGCCAGGCAACAGAACGUUACUUGGAUAUAUUAGAAAAUAGAAAACAGUUGUGACCCCCCAAGUACCUUUAGGUACUUUUGCUACUAGGUUAUCCUUCCCACAAUGCAAGAUGUCCCUGGGCACGACAAGAGUGGAAGGGGUGGGUCAUGUUCCAGCCUGAAAGCUCAUUAAUUGGCAUCGCCCUACACUGGAGCUGUGCAAUGCUGCCCAGAUGGCAGAGGGAAGCUGUAUGGCCUCACAUGGCAUAGUUACCCACCUAGAGAGCUGCCCUACAUUCAGCUGUGAUACCCUAACCUGCUCAGUGUAGGAGGCAGCUAGGUUUGGGUUGAUCUUAGGUUAAAUGAACAAAAGAUAUGAGCCCCCAAACACUUGCAUUCUAUUAUAUGCUGGGAAGGCAGUGAUAUUGCAUGGUACACCCACCCAGUCCCACAUACCAUGUGUAUACUGAAUAUAACAGAAGGGUGCAGAGUCUAAAUGCUGUUAAGGUAAUGGGUUGGCAGUGGGGCACUGGUAUUGUAGAGCCAGUACCUGGGUUCCUUUAAGGUCAAAUCCUGAUAGACAACCCUAAAACAGGAAGUUCUACCCAGAGCCCUAACUGUAACCACUGGGAAUGCUCCCCCUGUGGAGCAAAAAGGGAAUGGUACAGUCUGGGUAACGGACAAGGGCCCACUGCAGUUCUGCUUGCGUAAUAAAUUCUACGCUUGGCAUGGUUACCCCAGGGGUGUCAAAAAGAUCAAUAACUAUAAGCACAUCCCCUGGUAUAUUUCCCCAGCAAGGACUCGAGAACAGCUGCCUGUAGCCUGCACUAGAUACCAUACAGUGCACCAUGGAUGUAGGGGGCGUGAGCAGGCAGAGCUCUGUCCCUUGCCUUAUGGUUGAGGAGCCUGAGGAGGAAGUGAUGAAAGUGGCCCAGGAAAGGGAGCAGUUGGUCAGUAAGUUCCUGAAGGAGGAGCUCAGUGAGAAUUUCCUGAGAAGGCAGCAAGGCAAGGUGGAGAGGCUGCUGCGAUGUUCCUUCUAUAUGGAGAUCCUUUCUGCUCAGGUGGAAGAAGAGGACGAUGUCCAUCCCAGGCUGCCCAUCAGUGUCUUUCAGUUUAUAGACUCAUGGAAAUUCCAGCGCAUGAAGAAAUUGGCCGCCACACAGACCCGAAUCCAACUGCUUCUCCUGGAGAAACUCUUAGUGCAGCUUCGGAGCGGACGAGCGUCCCUGGUGGGGAUGAUCCAGGGCCACGGGUUCAACAGUUACUUGUGCAAGUGGGAAGAGGUCUGUCAGUGUAUAUCGGACAUACAACAACUCCAGAAAGAUUUCCUACUCCUGUUGGUUCCCAGGGGGCUCCACCUCAAGCACCAACUUGUGUCCAACAUCAGCGCCCCCAAGAUUCCUCCCAUCCGCCUGGUGCUGCGCUUGAGGACUCCAGUGGUGUUUGACCGUUUAGGGUCGGUGGUUUUCCGAGACUGGGUAUUACUGAGGUGGCAAAGCCUUGGGCAGCAGUGCCUGAUAGAGAAGUACGAGUUGAGGUUCAGGCUGCAAGAGGAGGAGCAAUGGGCGGUGGUGUCUGUCAGUGGUAACCACCUGGAAAUCCAUCACCUACUGAGUGACAAGUUGUACGAGUUCACUGUACGCCGAGCAGAGACCUACACACUUGUGUAUGAGGCCUGGCAUGAUACAAUUACUCUGCGCACACUCCCAUCCCAUGAGCAAUUUUGACAUUUCUGGCACCACGUUCCACCCGCCAUCUUCUCUUUAAAUAUGCACCAAUAAAGUAUGUGCAAACAGG